GAGUAGAAUUUGUGUCUUCUGCCACGUGCGGCUUUUUUGUUUGUCCUCUCGGUUCGUUGUCCUCUGCGUGUCUCUUUUUGUGUUUUUAUCGAAGGCAACAACCAACCAGAAAAACCCUACCAUACGUUGCCGUUCUUCACCUUUCUACAAUCUCUCAAACGAGAUCCAUCCACUCAACUCCCUUCCCCCUUUCCUUUUCUGAGUUUACCGUCAUUGUUAGGUGGCCAUCUUACUCUCCUUCCUUUCUCUUGUGUUUGUGCGGUCCUACUUCUUUCCUCCCGCUUUGCUUUCAGUGGAAACCUAUCGCCGAAGCUGCCUUCAUCACACGCAUUCACCUACGGGGCCCUUGCGUGCGUGUGUGUGUGUGUGUCUCGCGCGCCUUCGGUAUGAUUUGACUUCGAUUUGCCUCGUUUUUAUUAGUAAUUCAUUUGCUUGACAUCCAGCGAUUCCGAGUUGGUACGCUACAGCCAUUCACCCCGUACAACAACGAAGAAAGAGUUUAUCAUUACUGAAACGGAGAGCGCGCGGCAAUACAACGUUCGACGAAGGAGUCGCCUGAGAGCCUGCUUGUAUAUUGCUUGUCUCCGCAAAGCGUUGUACACACGGCUUCCGAAUAGACGGUGUUCUCUACUUCCUGGCUCGCAUCCCCGUACAUCUACGUAUCACGUAUACUGCUACAGUCGUUUCUUCCUUUCUACUUGUGUGUGGGUGCCUUUGUAGAACUGAAGCCGUGCUGGUUUCCUGAUUCUGUGUGCGUUCAUCACGGAGGCAAACUUCACCUUCGCUUUGCCUCGUACGUCUCGCCUGAGUAUUUUUCAUUAGUAUUAUUACCCCUCUUUUUCUGUGUGCUUGGAAGCGGAGGUUUUCCGCGAACUUUUGUUGCUGCUGUUGUUUGACGUAGAGAAGGGGGGAACUCAUCGGCUCUUCCUCGUGCGUGCUUGGCGUUGUUGUCUACUAGCCUUCUUUUUUAAAAUAUCUUUGCUUUUGUUGGUGUUGUGUUGUGAGCCAAAUUGGUGAGAAGAAAAGUGUGGAGCACAGCGACCCUCUUACAGGCACACGGUCAAUACACAGAUAUAUAUAUAUUCUCCUUUUAUCAUCAUCGUCUUCAUCAACACACACGCGUUGGGCUUCACAAAUGGGAGUUCCAAAGUUCUUCCGCUGGGCGGCCGAGCGCUACCCGUCCAUUAUUACCCCCUUCAAGGACUCGCCACCGCCGGUCGACAACUUGUACCUCGACAUCAACGGCAUCAUUCACAACUGCACGCACCCGAACGACAUCGACGCUACGCGGCGCAGCCCAACAGAGAAGGAGAUGAUCCAGGCAAUGUUCACCUACCUCGAGAAGCUCUUCAAUGCAAUUCAGCCGCGCAAGUACUUCCUGCUCGCCGUCGACGGCGUCGCACCGCGGGCGAAGAUGAACCAGCAGCGCCAGCGCCGCUACCGCGCCGGCUAUGAGAUGAUGAUCGCCCGUGAGGAGGCGCUGGCGAUGGGCGAGGAGGUGCCCGAGGAGAAGGACGUGUUUGACAGCAACUGCAUCACGCCCGGGACGCCCUUCAUGGUGCGGGUGAGCACGGAGUUCCAGUACUUCAUCACCAUGAAGCUCGCCACCGACCCGGCGUGGCAAAACUGCCAAGUCAUCUUCUCCGGCCACGACUGCCCGGGUGAGGGGGAGCACAAGAUCGUCGACUUCGUUCGCCGCCGCAAGAUGCAGCCCGGCUACGACCCGAACGAGACGCACUGUAUGUACGGGCUAGACGCCGACUUGGUGAUGCUCUCGCUCGCCACGCACGAGCCUCACUUUGUGUUGCUGCGCGAGGUGGUCACCUUCGGCCCCGGAUCGCGCAAGGAGCGCGAGCGCCAGGAGGAGGACGAGGCGAAGGGCAUCGUGAAGGACAAGGCGUUCCAUAAGGCAGACGAGUUCGUGCUGCUGCACAUCGGCCUCUUCCGCGACUACCUCCAGCUGGAGGUGCGGGAGUGCAUGACGCGGGCGGGUGCGGUGGCCGACUUCGACUUUGAGCGGGUGAUCGAUGACUUUGUGUUCAUGUGCUUCUUCAUCGGCAACGACUUUUUGCCCACGCUGCCGACCGUCGGCAUUAACGAUGGCAGCAUGCCGGUGAUGCUGCACCUCUACUGCGCCCACGUCCUCUCCAAGAACAAGUACCUGACGAACAACGGUAUCAUUGACUGGCGCAAUGCGGAGCUGUGGAUGAACGAGGUCGGCAAGCUCGAGUUCGAGACGCUGCGCCGCCGGCAGCAGGAGGAGGCGGAGUUCCAAAAGCACCGUGCCCGUCGCGACCCCACGCACGAGGUCGACACGACGAACGCGAUGCCCAUCACGAGUAUUCUGGAGUUCAAGCAGCGGUACUACGGCGAGAAGCACGGCUUUGCCGGAGGCUGGGAUGCGAACAGCGACGACAUGCGCAAGCUGCGCGAGCACUACGUGGAGGGGCUGAUGUGGGUCAUGGCCUACUACUACCAGGGUGUGCCGUCGUGGAAGUGGUUCUUCCCUCAUUACUACGCUCCAAUGGCGUCCGACAUGAUCAACCUACCCGCCAUCGCCGCCGGCGUGCACUUCGAUCUCGGCAAGCCUUUCUUUCCGCAUCAGCAGCUGCUCGCGGUGCUGCCGCCCAUGUCGUACCUGUCGAUGCCCAAGGCGUACUGGCCGCUCCUGCGCAGCCCCAACAGCCCCUUGGCGAAGUACCUGCCGGACCACAUCGUCAUCGACCGCGAGGGCGCCCGUGCGCCGUGGGAGGGCAUCGUGCUGAUCCCCUUCAUUGACGAGCGCGUCCUUGUCGCGGCCUACGAUUCGGUGCAGAAGAACGUUGAGCCCGACGAUGCGGCGAACAACGUCAACGGUCCACCGUUGCGCUUCCGCUUCGACAGCAACAUGAUGCCGUACGAGCUGGACGACAGCAUGUUCGGCCCGCUGCGCAACGUCCUGGUGCAGCGAGAGGUGUACAGCUUCCCCUCGAUCGACCGCUUCAUUCCGCAGCUCUGCCCCGGCGCGUUCGUCGGCACGCGGCAGCUGGAGGGCUUCAGCACGAUGCAGUCGAAGCUGAACCUCAUCCGGCCGUCCUUCGAGGCCGGCGUGGUCACCAUCUUUGGCCGACCGACCAAGAGCGACAGUUUGCUGCUCAAUACCCGCGACGCCUUCAGCGCCAAGUCGAUCGAUCCGGUGGCGACGUUGGUGGGGAAGGAGGUGCUCGUGGGCUUCCCGCAUUACAAGCGGGCCCGCGUGGCAUCUGUGAAGGACGUGCACCGGUCCAUGACGGCGUCAUACAGCAAGGAGGGCACGUACAGCGGCGCCAAGGAGCACAAGAAUAACCGCGACGAGUCGGUCGCCUUCUUGAAGGAGGCGGACACCCACGCCCGCUUCAUGAAGUCGCAGCUCGGGAUUGCGGUGGAGCAGGUCGACGUGCUCGUGUACGUGCACCGCUUCAACGGCAUGCAGAUGACCCGCCGCGGCCACAUCGAGCGCCACUUCGCCUCCACGUGGACCUGCUACCCCAUUCACCUCAUCGCCACGAAGGACAGCAUCGACAUGAAGGUGGACAGCCGCUACGAGGAGCGCGACCGCAGCGAGGACGACUGCGCCUUCGGGGCCCGCUGCGCCUACAUCGGACCGCAGCCCAAAUCGAAGCGGUCGCCGGUGGAGGUGUACGGCAGUUGCGGCACCGUGGUCACGGCAGGGCAGCACGACACCACGACCCUGCAGGGGGACCAUCUGACGGUGCGGCUGAAGGUUUUCCAGGAGCCGCUGCGGCUGCCGGCGGACCUCACCCAUUUUGCCGCGCAGCGCAACUGGACGGCGCUGCCGCAGGUGGCCGUGUCGAUGGACAUCAUGCCCCGCACCCUCACCAUGAUUUGCAGCUCCCUCGUCACCUCGCCCGCAUUCGGCUCGCGCGAGAUCGGGCUGUGCCUGAAGUUCACGGGGCGCUGCCUCGCCAAGGUUGGCUACGCGAAGCUCGUGCAGCACAGUCUGAACCCGUGGUACAUGGGCAACAGGGAUAUCUUCGCCCGCAUGGAGAAGGACACAGAGGACAUCGGCUACCACCUCGAGAAGGCGGAGAAGGGCGACUUUGUGGGCAACGCGAGCAACAACCGCGGCGGUAGCGGGACGUGGUACUUCUCCCGCGAUGCGCAGGAUGUCCUCCGCGAGUACGUGACGCGCUUCCGUCCGCUCAUUCAGUGCAUUGAGGACGGCGGCGUGAACUCGAACAGCGUGGAGCCGCCGAUGUUCCUGACGGGCAAGUGGCGCGAUCGAGACGCGGACGAGGUGCUGACGGAGAUCGAGGGCUUUUUGCUGGGGACGGGGCUGCGCGAGACACCGAUGAUCACGGCGACGGAGGAGGCCUUCCCCAAGCAGCUACUGGAGCAGUUGGAGGCGAGUCUCUCAGAGCAGCGCGACCGACCCUUCAAGGAGCUCACGCUGCGGCAGGUCAGCCGCCAUCAGCUGUACUUCCCGGUAACAAGGAGCAGCGGUGGUCAUUUGGUGCCGCUGCCGCUUCCGCAGGAGCAGACCUUCCGUCUCGGCUCUCGAGUCGUGAACUGCCGGGCCACUGGCAGCACCCCCUUUGGGGCACCCGGCACGAUCGUGCGUCUGCUGGCGAGCGGGCGUGAGGCGGAGGUCGUGUACGACCAGCCUUUCACCGGUGGAACACGGCUCGACGGUCGUCUGCAGGACACGCGUGCGGCCAUCACGAAGCUGUCUGCCCUGCUCGUGCUGAAGCCGACCGAUGCAGAGGCGGAGGAGGCGGCGACGGCACCGACGACGGCGGUGAAUGCAACGGAGGGCGCGGCGCAGCUGCGUGAGCUCAACUUGUUGCUGCACGCCAACGGCAUCCACGUGGACGCCGCAGCCGGGCGAGCUGCGAUGACGCCGCCGUCGCUGCCGCCUUCCCGCAGUCCUCAUACCGUCGCGAGUCAUAGUAGCGGCAACAACACGCUCGUGCCGAAGCCACGCAGCGCCGCGACUACGACGGAGCCGUCGCCCAGCGCCGCGUUUGCCGGGAAGCGUUCUACACCGGCCUCUGCCACGGCCCACCUCUCCUCCACGCCUUCGUCUGCCGCGCCGUCCGCAGCCGCUGCUGCCGCCGACGUUGACGCCAGCAUGACCGACACGCACGUCAGCGUUGGUCACGUGAAGCUGACUGCCUCGCCGGGCAGCGGGGGCAUCAGUGUACAGGACCUGGCGCGGCAGCUGCCGCAGCGCAUGUCGCCCAUCGCGUCCGCACCAGUGAAUCACCCGCCCACUUCCACGAGCACCACCACCACCACCACCACCACCACAGCCGGAGCAGGCGCGGUACCGGCCAGCGGGAUCACUAUCCCAGCCCCCAAGUCCGUCCAGCAGCAACACACCGUACAUCCCGUGUCAGCUGCAGGCACCGCCGUACCUGCCAGCAGCAGCUCGCCGAAUCCGCCACCGCAGACGACGCCCUCUCCGGCCCCGGCGAAGGAGGUCAACGAGGACGCCGCCGCGGUCCGCAAGGCGCGUGACAUUCACGUUAUUCCCGACGACUUCGUGAGUGGACGUCUGCGGCUGACGUACAAGAACACGGGCUCUGUGUUUCGCAACUGGCUGGACACCUUCACGGCGGACGCGGUGGCCAAGACGGUGAGGAAGAUGGAGGAGGAGGAGGCGAAGGCGCCGAGGAACGUCGCGGUUUAG